UCAGUGAAAAGUGAAAAGCAAGCAAGAAGAAGAAGAAGAAGAAGAAGAAGAUGAUGAUGGUGACUUCACUUCCAUUGAAGGGCAUCCCAGGCAGCUACGGGCCGCCGCUCAUCGGCUCGUUGAAGGACAGGCUCGACUACUUCUGGUUUCAAGGGCAGGACACUUUCUUCAGAAGCAGGGUGGCCAAGUACCAGAGCACAGUCUUCAGAACCAACAUCCCUCCCUCCUUCCCCUUCAUUGGCGUCGACCCCAGGAUCAUCGCCAUUACCGACUGCAAAUCCUUCGAGGCUCUCUUCGACAUGUCCCUUGUCGAGAAGAAGGACAUCCUUGUCGGCAGCUACAUGCCCAGCGUCAGCUACACCGGGAGCACGCGGGUCGUCGCUUACCUGGACACCUCGGAGGAGCGGCACGCCGUGAUCAAGACCUUCGCCAUGGAGACGUUGAAGAAGGCCUCGAGAACAUGGGUUGCAGUGCUGCAGGAGUCGUUGGGGAGGAUGUUUGAGACGCUGGAGAAGGAGGUGAAGGAGAAGGGGAAGGCGUCGUUCAUAGCUCCUGUGCAGAGAUGCCUGUUCAGGUUCCUGUGCAAGGUUCUGGUCGGAGCUGACCCGCUGGCGGUGCCGGAAAUUGGAGAAGACGGGUGGAUCAUUCUGGACGAGUGGCUGGCUCUGCAGCUGCUUCCCACUGUGAAGACCGGGGCCGUUCCUCAGCCGCUUGAGGAGAUUCUCUUCCACUCCUUCCCUUUUCCUUUCUUCAUGGUCAGCAAUGGCUACCGCAAGAUCUAUGAAUUCCUUAAGAAAGAAGGUAGGUCAUUUAUUGAUUCUGCUAAGAAGGACUACGGCUUAACUGAAGAGGAGAUCCUACACAACAUUAUCUUUGUCAUAGGAUUCAAUGCAUUCGGGGGCUUCUCUGUCUUCCUUCCAUCUCUUCUCAAUGCCAUAGGCACGGACACCGGCCUACAAGCCCAGUUGCGAGCAGAGGUCAAACACACAAUGCAGACCCACGCCGGCCGGCUCAGCUUCCAGGCCAUAGAGGACAUGAACCUUGUCAAGUCAACGGUCUACGAAGUUCUGCGGCUUAACCCGCCGGUGGCGCUCCAGUUCGCGCGAGCCCGGCGCGACUUUGAGCUCGAGUCAUAUGAGUGCAAGUAUGGGAUAAGGAAGGGGGAGCUGCUGUGUGGGUACCAGACCUUGGCCAUGAGGGACUCUAGGGUCUUUAGCGACAGCGAGAAGUUCGUCGCGGACAGGUUUACUAAGGAGAAUGGAGGGGAGGCUCUAUUGAACCACUUGUUCUGGUCCAAUGGACCACAAACAGGGUCACCAACGAUCAACAACAAGCAAUGUGCAGCUAAGGACUAUGUGGUCGCAACUGCAUGGCUCAUUGUGGCCGAGAUCUUUUCGCGGUACGAAUCGUUCGGAACCGAUGGUUCUUCCUCGAUCACUUCUCUUCAAGAAAGCAGGAUGAUGCUAAACCAGUGCUGAAAGAAGUGAGCCUGUGGAUUAUGUAACACUGAAGUGCUUAGUAACUAUGUUCAGUUCCUGGCAGAAGCAAAAACCUAAAAUAAUGUUGCUCUCUCAUGGGGACUUACAGUCUUGAGUCCACUUUGCCUUUUACCUUACUUCAAUAAAUGCAUUAAUUUUCUGCUGU